AUGGAGGAUUUCAACAUGAACGGCUCCUCACAGGACAGAGGCUGUGACUACACCUACAUCACUUUCUAUUAUAACCAAGAGGCUGGAUUCAUCAUAAAAGUGGUGACAAGCGUUACCUUCUGUAUCGGCCUUCCUUUGACCCUGAUGGCCAUCUAUGCUCUUUAUUCUCAGGUGCAAAGCGAUCACGUUGCUCCGAUCUACGUCAUCAACCUGCUGAUCUCGGACCUCAUUCAGCACUGCUGCUUGAUCGUUGAGGUGGCACAGAUCAAGAGCUGGACCACAUUUACUAUCUGCACUCUGAUCUACUAUGUUUGUGUGGGGGCCAGUGUGGGCUUCAUGGUGUGUGUCGCCCUGGAAAGGUACUUGGUGAUCGUCUUCCCUCUGUGGUACCGCUUCAGACGGACCAUCAGGGUCUCUGUGCUGGUCUGCGUGGCGGUCUGGGCCUUCCCCGUCGUCAGCCUCCUCUCUGUAUUUUGGUGGAAAAACUGUAAGGCUAAAGAAACCAUCGUCACGGUCUAUUUACUCCUUCCCCUCCCGCUGCUCGUCUUCUUCCUGGGUGGGACCCUCAGAGGCCUGUCUGCUUCCGUCUCGGUCCCGUCCGACGAAAAACGACGAAUUGUAGGGAUGUUGGUGCUGGUGCUGCUUAUUUACACUCUGCUGUUCCUGCCCACGAUCAUUUUGUUACUGGUGUACGGCGCCAGAGAUAACGACAUCCUCCGAAGCCUGUUUCCUGUGUUUUUUAGGUUCAGUCCUCUUGCAGACUUGGUUCUGUAUAUUUUCAUGAAGAAAGGGGUCGUAGACCGGCUUUUGGCCUCCGUGUGUUGUUUCAGAGCGGACAGUAAUGACGUCAGCGGUUCAGUAGUUUGA